AUCCUCAGCUCAGCUGACAUCAGCUCCACACACACACAAACACUCAUAGGAACUAUGGCAGACUCUGGAAGUAGCGAAGAAGUAGCGGUGAUCGGUAACACCGAUCUCACCUCAACGGAAUCAGAAAACAACUUCAUAAACACGAUGAUGGAAAAAGAGACGGCUCUGUUGAGAAAAAUGGAGAUAAAUGUGGCAGAGGCAGAGAAGAGAACGGGGAAGAACACGGUUAAUAUGCAAGAAACAUACACUGUCUACCUCAUUGAAACACGACCGGCUGAAACGGUCCCAGAGGGAGGAACACCAGCUGCACCUGACACAUUGUGGAGACGCUACAGUGAGUUUGAGCUGCUCAGAACAUACCUCUUGGUCACCUACCCAUACAUCGUUGUGCCUCCGCUGCCAGAGAAAAGGGCUGAGUUUGUGUGGCACAAGCUCUCAGCCGACAACCUCGACCCGGACUUUGUUGAGAGACGGAGAGUCGGCCUGGAAAACUUCCUGUUGCGUGUUGCAUCACAUCCUGUCCUUUCCAAUGACAAAAUUUUCUUCCUCUUUCUCACAGAGGAGAAGGGGUGGAGAGAGGCCGUUCUGGAGACGGGUUUCCAAGACAAGGCUGACUCCAGGUUAAAGUCUUUGAGUGCCAUGUUCAGAGUGAAAAACCCUGACAAGCGAUUCACAGCACUGAAGCAGUACAGUGAUGAGAUGAACACUGUCAUCUCUCAGUUACUCAGAGUACGAGCGCGGGUAGCAGACAGACUCUACGGCGUUUACAAGGUCCACGGUAACUACGGCAGGGUUUUCAGUGAGUGGAGUGCGAUCGAAAAAGAGAUGGGAGACGGACUGCAGAGUGCGGGCCAUCACAUGGACACGUAUGCCGCGUCAAUCGAUGACAUUUUGGAGGAGGAAGAGCACUAUGCAGACCAGCUGAAGGAGUAUCUCUUUUACACCGACGCUGUCCGGUCGGUGUGCCGGAAACACGACUUGCUCCAGUAUGAGCUGGAGAUGGCGGCUCAGGACCUCGCCCACAAGAAACAGCAAAAAGAAGAGCUGGCAACCGGGACGGUGCGGAUCUUCUCUCUGAAAGGAAUGACCAGUAAGCUCUUUGGCCAGGAGACCCAGGAGCAGAGGGAGAGCAGGCUGGCGGCCCUGGAGCAGAGUAUCAGGGAGGAAGAGGAAGUGGUCAAAGAGAAGAACGCCGAGUGCCGAGAGUUUGUGCGAACAGCGUGGGACGAUAUCGAACGCUUUAAGGAGCAGAAGGACAAAGAUUUGCGUGAAGCUCUGAUCAGCUACGCCAUCAUGCAGAUCAGCAUGUGUAAGAAGGGAAUUCAGGUGUGGUCCAACGCCAAAGAGUGCUUCAACAAAAUGUGAGCCACUUUCCGACCCGGCUCCGAACAGUCACUCAGAUUUUACAGACUUGUUCCAUCGACUGUUUGGUCUACCAAAGCCAUGCGGUGGAAGGAUGGGAGCCCACAUAUGCUGCCUACAUCCUGUUUGCUCUGCGUGAUUGAAGCUACUGAAAAUAAUUGACUCAUCUGUCUUUUUCUCUCUCUCUCUCUCUCUCUCUCUCUCUCUCUCUCUCUCUCCCACUCACAGACACAC